AUGAAGCUUGGCUUCGACUCGAACGUCGUCGCCACCAUGUCACAAUUCCAACUCGAACAAUCAUCCGUGAUCAAGACGGCACCACCAGGCCGUCAACUAGAAUUCUCGCCCAAGAAUGAACCAAUCGAUCUGGCACCGUUGACGCAAUCCAAUCUACAGGAUCUGUCAAAAAUGCAACCGAUCGACCUAAAUUACUACAAUACAAACUAUCAGCGAGCCUACGAAUAUGCGGCAAUCGGUCUCGGCGGGCAUAAUCAGUCCUCACUAAUACCGGCACCAUCCACUGCAGGUCAACUCUACUAUGGUUUCCCGAACGGUGUUGUACAACAGGACUGGGGUCGGCCUAUGGACACCUACACAGCCUAUCCCCGAGCAACUACAUUGCAGUAUAAUCCACAAGAUGCUAGUGGCACAACGACGGCUGCUCAAGAGCAGCGAACCGUCUAUAAAGGUGUCGACAUGCCAAGUCCAGUAGAUUCAGGCAUUGGAGCCGAUCUGUCGAUGAUCACUGGCGCCAAAGAAGAAUUCUUUCAAACGGACACCAUGCUUGAUCGAUCCGCCGAACGAGCACUAAGUCAUCGAGAUUCGCCAGUAGUAAUACCAAAACUACACAACCCGCUAGGUUUUCAAUAUGUUCUGGAAGCGCCGAUUUCGACUUCAGUACGAAAAGAAGAUGAUCGAAUGACGUACGUCAACAAAGGACAAUUCUAUACCGUAUCUCUCGACUAUAUUCCCGAUAUCAACAAACCCUUGAAAAGCGUAACCGUCAAGAGCCAAUUAAUGAUCGUAUUUCGAGAGGACAAAACCUAUGAAGAAGAGAUUAAGACAUGGCAAUUUUGGCAUAGCCGUCAACAUUCCGCUAAACAACGAAUACUUGAAGUUGACAGUAAGAACAGUUCCGGGAUGAUCGGCCAAAUCGAGGAAAUCGCUCAUAAUGCCGUACAAUUCUACUGGAAUCCAUCCGAAAACGGUGUCAAGAUCAGCAUCGCCACCCAAUGCCUCUCGACGGAUUUCUCGAAUCAGAAAGGUGUCAAGGGUUUGCCGCUUCAUGUCCAAAUCGACACCUACGAUGGGGACAACGACAAACAACCCUUCCAUAGGGGUUACUGCCAAAUCAAAGUGUUCUGUGAUAAGGGCGCCGAGCGAAAGUUGCGGGACGAAGACAAACGAAAUCAAAAACGCAAACUAGCAGGUAACCACCACUGUCGUCAUUUGUCGGUCGGUCGUGGUUGUCCAUCGCUAUUGUGCUGUAUAGCCGGAGCUAAUCGGAAAAUGCUCCAUGAAAAUAGACGAGACGAGAAGAGACGCAUUCAAGGUACACUAUUCAGUGUUUGUUCUCUAUGUGUACUUGUGCCAAGCAUACAUGUUUUCCCUCUAAGACCCUCUGUUCGCUCCCGAGCUUCUUGGCUAAAAAUCCGGAUCUAUGUUCAACUGCAGAACCCCUUUAUUCUAUGUGUUGUGUUAACCAAACCCAGCGAAGGGGUUCCCGUAAACCCGUUUUUCUCAGGCGCUUUAUCUGGUCGAAAGAAGACUGAAGGUGAAUAUCAUGAACCAUGUGAACGAUCUGAGUUCUACCAUAUGCGAGAAUUGGACAAGCCAGCGGCUUUGUUUAUCGCCCCAGACGAAUACGAUUCACGGUAUCUCGAUGGCACAUCGAUCGGCUAUGACGGCCUCUCAGAUAUGGAACCAGUCGCGAAACGACCGAGGCCCUCCGAGCGAAUAAUGCUGUAUGUCCGAAAACGAGAUGAUCAAAUCUAUACUCCGCUACAUGUCAUACCACCCUCGUUGGAUGGCUUAGCGCAAGCCGUUGCCCACAAAUUCGGGAUCGACUCACAAAAGAUCAGCGGUCUCUACAAACGAUGUGCCAAAGGUGUUACGGUAAAGAUGGACGAUGACAUGCUCCGUCAUUACUGUAACGAGGACACCUUCAUUUUGGAUGUGGAACCCUCCCCGGAAGAUUCCACCUGUUUCGCCGCCACUCUUGUCGAAAUCAUGCCGCCACAGUAUCAAUCGAGUUCCGGUUAG